ACUUACUUAAACCAUAAUCAUGUUAAAAGGAUUAUCCUCAAAACUAAAAAUCGAUGAUAACAUCCUCAGUACCAUUGGUAAUACACCAAUGGUGCGAUUAAAUAAGGUUCCAUCCAAACAUGGAGUAAAAUGUGAGAUACUUGGAAAAUGUGAAUACCAAAACCCCAGUGGGUCUUUAAAGGAUCGCAUAUCAUUACGUAUGAUUGAAAAUGCUGAAAAACGAGGUGAAUUAAAGCCUGGCUAUGUUUGUAUUGUGCCCACAUCCGGUAAUACUGGUAUAUCCAUGGCUUUAACUGCCUCCAUUAAAGGGUAUAAGUGUAUUAUAGUCAUGUCUGAGAAGAUGUCAAAAGAGAAAGAACGAGUCAUCAAAUCUCUUGGUUCUGAGAUUGUUAGGACGCCUGUCUCAGGUGGAUCGCAUGGUCUUAAUGGUAUAUUUCCCACCAUAGAACGCCUAAAAAAAAUACACCCCAACAAUGUUGUUAUUAAUCAAUACACGGAUUUGGGAAACCCUGAGGCUCACUACGAUGUAACAGCGGAGGAAAUUCUAGAGCAAUGUUCAGGGAAACUUGAUAUGCUUGUAAUUGGUGCAGGUACGGGAGGCGCUCUAACAGGUAUAGCCAAGAGACUUAAAGAAAGUCUGCCAAAUAUAAAAAUAGUAGGCGUAGACCCUGAAGGAUCCAUGCUGGCCCAGCCUGAAACCCUAAACAAGUCAGGCUUCUUUGAAGUCGAAGGUAUAGGGCAUGAUUUCAUCCCAAAGGUUUUAGAUAGAUCAUUGGUUGAUUUCUGGAUUAAAUCAGUCGACAAAGAUGCUCUAAAUAUGUGUAGAGAGUUGAUAAAAGAAGAAGGUUUACUUUGUGGUAUGUCAAGUGGAGCUGUAAUGUGCGCAGCUUUAAAAGCGGCUAAAAAUUUGAAUGAAAACCAACGCGUUGUAGCUUUUUUUGGUGACAGUAUAAGAAAUUAUAUGACGAAAUUUAUGGUUGAUAACUGGAUGAUUGCUAGAGACUAUAUACCAUGCCCUAACACUAAAAAUCUUUGGUGGUGGGAUAAGAAGAUAACAGAUAUUCCAAUACAUAAUGUCAAUAUUGUAUCGGAGAAGUCUACAAUACAAGAUGCGAUAAAUUGCUUUGACUUGAGCAAAGUUACUGAAAUACCCAUUCUAGGAGACAACCAAAAAGUUUUGGGCAUAGUGAAAAAGGAAAUUCUGUUGGGGAAACUUAUGCAAGAAGACACCCAUUUGGAUGAAAGCGUAAGCAAAAUCAUUAACUAUGAUUACGAAAAAGUUUCUGCUUGCAUGUCUCUUGGAGCAGCAGCUACGAUUCUGCAAUCAGAAAAAUUCUUAAUGGUUUUGGAUGAUAGAAAGUCCGAAAAACAUUACGGCAUUUUGACUCUGGAUGACAUAUUUACGUUUGUUAACAUUAAGCAAACUAAAAUGUAAUUUAGUUUUCUA